AGGUGAAAAAAACAGCAAGGAGGCGGGAUUUGAUGGAAGUGGGAGCUCAGCUGACCAGUUAGACCCAAACCAGGCCCACGACCGGCACUGCAAAGGCAGCGAUCUGACGCAGCUGAGUACAGCGUAAUCCUACACGCCGAUGUGAAGCCAUUUAUAAAAGCUAUGGCUCUGUUUUUAGCCGUGCCAGUGACACAGCGCGGAUGGUGACAUGCAUGCAGAGCGAAAAUGUCGCUCAGUAGUCUCCGUGCUGCACCGUGAUUAAGUAACAUGUUUCUUCCUGACUACGUGCCACCGCGUCCUUAACCGGCCAUGACAAUGACUGGUUCUAUGUUGUUGUUUUUUCUGUAGCUACGAAUCUUGCGGGAUUUUUUUGUAAGAUGUAGUUAAACCGCAUGGCGAAUGUCACUCGGACUGUGUUUCUGCAUUUUUCCCCAACCCACAUCCCAAUGCCUGCCGGGGUUUAGUGCUGGCUGCCAAAUGCUGCUACCAACUAAAAUUUUUCCACAAACUAUCAUGGACCUCUCAGCAGACAACUUAAUAGAGUCGGCCGGUGACGGUGCUGACAGAAGUUAUUUUCCAAAUGCAAGGAUCGCUCCAUUUUCGUGCUUGGCUCCGGUCCCGUUUGUCUAAGGUUUUUCUAUGAUCCAGUCAGUCUAUGCUCAGUUAGAUUCGGUGGAAUCGCUGUUCAACGACUUUCCAUAUAUGUUUUAUCUCGGCCUGUUUUUCGUGAACGUCUUAAUCCUCUACUACGCCUUUCUGAUGGAAUACAUAGUCCUCAAUGUUGGCAUCGUCUUCCUGCCAGAGGAUAUGGACCAAGCUUUGGUGGACCUGGGCGUGCUUUCCGACCCCGGCUCGGUGCCCUACGACACCGACACGGAGCUUGAUGUGUUUGAGGGGUACCUGGAGUGACCGCCGGCGAGCCCCGCCGGGACCGAUAAGUGCGCUGGAGAACGUGAUCGGGUUCUGCCAUGAGCGGGCCGGUGGCUGGGAAGGUUACUGCGGCGUCUCAAUGUGCGCCGUGCUGGUGCCGUGAUGAUUCAGCACGAAGAGGUCGAUUAGCGUCCGAUUUACCCCCCGACUGUCCGAGAUACAAUAUUUGUCGCAAGAUUAACAGGGCAGGUUCGAUCUGACGCAACUAAAAGCAACGUACUUUACCAAGGCUUUCCGGUGAACACAAGUCGAUGGACUGCUGAUUUAAAGUCCACCUUACGUCACGUGCUUUCUCCAGUUGCCUUGGAAACGCACCCUCGAUGGACAGCAUGGUCACUAAAACUUCCUAGAGGCUCGGACACGCAAAGCAAUACGAACUUAAUCACUGACGCAAGGAGAGCGGUUGUUUUCUUCGGCCUGUGCAUUAUUAAGUUAUUUUGUAGCAAGUACAAUGUGCAUCUCCGCUGGGCUUAUAUUUGAGCCGCGAAUCUGAUGUUAUGCAUCAAAAGUAAAGAUAUGGGGUAGGGGUGUUUUCAGGAGAAUGGGGACAGCUAUAUUUUUGAUAGGUUAAGAUUCUGUCUUAAUCUGAAAAUGACGCUAUACUGAGCAUGCAAAUUAUGCUAGUUUAUUUUAAGCAUCCACAGUGUGAUAUAUCGCUUUUUGCACUGAUGGUGGGAUCUUGUCUACAGAUACAGACUUUUUUAAAGUAUGAUAAAAGUCUCCUCUUUAGCAGCAUGAGACUAAUAAAAACUUUGUUUUCUUUACCUCCGGGAAAGUUAAUUUCACAUUAAAAUGUGAUGGGUGGAGCUGA